AUGAGCCAGCACACGAGCUACGCGCCCAAGACUGACGGUCUGGCGACGGAUACUCAACAGGAGACGCAGCAAGUCCCUCAGCCAGUUCAUGUCGACCCACAGGGCAUUGAACGACGUGUGUGGGGGGUCCUCCAACCAUGCACUUCAGCGUUUAAGCGUAUCGAGUUCUGCAUGGAGCAGAAGGUCAUCACUAUUGGCCGAAACCCGGAGAAAAAUGUGGUCGUCCUCCCGGGCCUUAGAGUUAGCAAUGAACACUGUGAAAUUCGCUGGGAUAGUAAACUAGACGAGAAGUCGCACAUUACUGUGUACGACACCUCGAACAACGGCACCUGGAUCAAUGGAGUCAACAUCGGGAAAGGUAGCUCCGGCAUAUUGAAAGAUGGAAACGAGAUCGCGUUUGGGCACUCCGUCGCUCAACCCGAACGCCCCUUGGAAGACUAUCGCUUCAUCUACCGUCACAUGGCAUACCGUCCCAUGGCCUCGGGUCCGCCCAAAGUUGGUCUACACGCGUUUUACGACAUCGGUCAUGAGCUUGGCAAAGGUUCCUUUGCGACCGUCAUGAGAGGGCUCUCACGCAAGACAGGGCAGUGGUAUGCCGUCAAGAUCAUCAACCUCCAGACCCUCAAACGGCUUCAAGCGGGCUCCGGAAGUAGCGGGAGCUCCGGCGCGCGAGAAGACAGUAAGAUGGCUGUUGCAUUCGCAAGGGAGGUAUCCAUCCUCCAGAAGCUUGAGCAUAAGAAUAUCUGCCUGCUCAAGGAAGUGUUCUUCGAAGAGUCUAGCAUUAGCGAGUGUCUGGUACUCGAGUUGGUGGAAGGAGGGGACUUAUUGGACUAUAUUUGUCUCUAUGAUUAUCUAAACGAGCCACUGGCGUGCCACAUCACAUACCAAAUUGCAGACGCCUUGACCUACGUCCAUGCUCUCGGCAUUGUUCAUCGUGAUCUGAAGCCUGAAAACGUGCUCCUUACUACUGAGAGCCCUCCCAACGUUAAGGUCGCCGACUUUGGUCUUGCCAAGGUGGUCGAUGACGAGACACUUAUGCAGACAAUGUGCGGUACGCCUUCAUACCUCGCACCGGAGGUGGUGACCCAGAAGAACUCAGAGGGAUACAACCACCUUAUCGACGCUUGGAGUGUGGGGGUCAUUGUUUUCACGAUGCUCACAGGACAAACACCUUUCGUCGAAGACAAAACAAUAAAUGACAUUAAGAUCCGCAUUGCGGAGCGUAAAAUUGAUUGGGGAAUUCUCGGGGACGCACACCCUAGCCAGGACGCCCAGCAUUUCAUACAGAGCUUACUGCAGUACCUCCCCGAGAACCGCAUGCCCAUGGCUAUGGCCCAAGAGCACCCUUGGCUUGCUACGCACGCGGGUGUG